AUGAAGGAGCUACAAUUGGAUAGACCUGUAUGUUGUGUUGAGGUUAUAUUGUCAAUUUUGCUUAAAAAGAAUGGAAACUAUGUGAAUGAGGAAGGAAAAUCCAUUGCAGAAAAGAUAUCAGAGAACUUGUCUCAAGAUCAAGAACGUGUUGCCACUGAAGGUGUUCCAUCAAAGAUUAAUGCAUAUCCAGAUGAUGUCAUUGGCAAAGUGUACGGAGCUGAACAUUCAGGUCGAGUGCGUGGUUUAGGUGUUGGUGUUUGUCCCACGAGUGUUUUCAAGACGCGCAAAUAUUUCACGCAAUUUGAGAGUGUUGGUAGCUCUAGCCAAAAAAAUGUUGAGGAGUUACAAAAGGAAGUGCACACUUUGAAAGAAAAGCUAAAUGGAUAUGAAGAGACUAAGGAGCAACUUUCACAAACACAAGAUCAACUUAAAGUUCUCCUUAAUUUUAUGCAAAGAAAAUUUGGUGAUGAGUUACCUACUUUCAACCAAGGUUUCCCUUCACUUUAG